AUGCUUUCAUUCAAGUUACCCUUCACAGCGACGAAGCUACAAGCAGCUACUUAUCUAUUUGGAGUAUGCUUGUUUAGCAUAUCGUUCCUAGUGUUCCUCAAUUCGUCGAUCUCGUUCGUUAUCACCGAUCGAAUAGGCCAGAAGAAAAAGGUGGGCGACGCCGUGGGAACCCUCGGAUUCGCGGAUGAGCUGGUGGCUCUAAUAGCCUGUCCCCUUUGGGGUAUGCUUAGUGACAGAAUUGGAGUUCGCAAUGUGGCUGUAGCUGGGUAUGCCGUUGUUGGCAUUAGUUUGUUUGCACUUGUUCAAGCGCGCAAUGUGUACCCGGAAUUACUGCUCGGCCGACUGUUGUUCAGCAUUGGCGGAGCCGCAACAACUACAAUGGUCACCGCAAUUCUUCCGUCAAUGACGCACAAAGAACCCAGAAACACAUCGUCCCCAACCUCCGAGUCAACGCCAAUAGGCAAUGGUCCUUCUCAUUGUCCCGCACCGUCCAUUUCAUCCGAGCUUACUAUUACACCAGCACGCUACAGGACAUUUCCCCCCCCAAUUUCGUCUACUCCACCCACAACAGAGCCGUCGGCAUCUAAGCUUGCAGGCAUUGUGGGGAUGCUCACAGGGUGCGGAGCCUUGGUCGCACUUGGACUUUUCCUUCCUCUACCAACUCGUUUCCAAAAGGGCGGAACAUCUGCAAGCCAAUCAGUUGCCGAUAGCUUCUAUCUCGUUGGAGCUAUGGCUAUCUGCGUGUCCAUUUGCUGCUUCUUCGGUCUUAGAAACCUUCCUGGUGAAGAAGGCAAACGAUUUAUGCAUCUUUUCCCAGGCUUUUGGUCGUUCAACAGCCACGGCACGCUGCAUGCGCAAAGACCGCUCCCUUCGUAUCUACGAAUGCUUCGAAAGUCUGCAAUCCUAGGUUUUCAAGAUGUAAAUAUUGGACUGGGUUAUGUAGGAGGUUUUGUCGCCCGCGCAUCGUCUGUGGCAAUAUCCCUCUUCAUACCAUUAUACGUCAACGCAUACUUCAUCUCAUCAGGACUAUGUCCAGAGGACCCAGACGACAGCAUGCAAGAUCCAGGAGAGAUUAAGCGGAACUGCCAACGUGCAUAUGUCAUCGCAUCAAUCCUCUCUGGGAUGUCUCAAUUAGUCGCCCUGAUCUGCGCACCAAUCUUUGGAUAUUUGUCUGGUAUCUACAAGACGAGCAACCUUCCUCUCCUCUUAGCCUCGGCAAGCGGAGUGGCCGGGUAUGCCACGUUUGGUAAACUCAAAAGUCCAGACACGUCGAGAGACGACGGAAACUUCGGCGUCUUCUUCAUUGUAGCGUUGCUGGGAAUUAGCCAGAUUGGCGCAAUUGUGUGCUCCCUCAGUUUAUUAGCAAAGGGCAUCGAGACUGAGGUUUCCGACAUGCCGGAUUCCUUCCAAGCCUUGUCGGUUGAGGACGGUACCACGUGCAACGAGAACGGGCACGACUUCGGUGGCGAGGAAUCCGCGCCCUUGCUGCUAAACCAUUUAAGACACAUCAAAGACGUUCAUAGCUCACGUUCGGCACUGAAGGGUUCGAUUGCUGGUAUAUACUCGCUAUCUGGUGGAGCAGGGAUUCUGCUCCUGACGAAAGUUGGUGGUUUGAUGUUCGACAAGGUCGACGUUGGGAGCCCGUUUUUCAUGAUGGCCAUUUUCAAUGCAAUCUUGUUUCUGGCUUCCUUAGCAUGCGACCUGGGUCGAGCUUGGCAAACGCACAGCGACGAGGACGACAGAGCGACUCUGCGUGGCCGUCUUGAAGACGACGGAAGUCACAGAUAG